GUUUGACCCAAACACAGGUGUUGUAAAUUAGGCCAAAAUUUAAUUCGGAAGGUUUAAGUAGACUUUAAGAAAAGUAAACUGGGUGUUAUUUUCGAUAAUUUUGGUUGUUAGUUCUGCCAUGGCGUUUUCUCUGAGAGAAAAUCCCAGACUUCUUAACUGCCUGGAUUCUGACAUUCCAGCCCUGUCCACGUGCAGCAAUGCCGACACAUUCUGCAGAAUGAACACCAUGCUAGGCAACUCCUUGGAUCUGAGCGGGGUGUGCACGACUCCUACUGCCAAGAGCAAACGAGACCCUUUUAAUGAUCGCCCUGACUCAGACCUGUCUGCGGUCCGGAGCAGGAUGCUUUUUCCCAGCGGUGGCCAGGACUCAUCCAGGGGUCUCUCUGAUGUCAAUAACUGGGGUCUGGGGCUGGGCCUACAGUCCCUCAGCCUGUCUGACUGGGAGAGACCGUGGAGCAGCCAUGACACUGAUCCCUCAACGCAGACCAACACAGCCUCAUUGCAAGGGAUUUUGAGAACUCCCAACCAGCUCUCAAACAAGCUUCCAAGCUACUCCGAGCCUUCAAUUGGUGCCACAGACUUCCUAGAAAAAUUUCCCAGCAUGGCACGCUUAAACUCUCAAUCUUUCCUGGACACUCACUCCAUUAGCCCUGUGGACUCGGAGACCAGUGGCUUCAGCUCUGGUUCGGAUCAUCUCUCAGACCUGCUGUCUUCAUUGAGGAUCUCUCCGUCUGUGCCCUUCCUUAUGUCCAGUAUGCAAAGGGAUCCCCUCAAGCUAGCUCUCGGCUCUCGUCUGGACCACAGCAGCUCACCUCUCACCCCACCACCCAGUGCUACUCCAAGCGGUGGUCUGUCCCACCGCUGGCCUGGUGCCUCCAUCUGGCCCAACUGGGACCUGAUGAAGACCCCUGAGAGCCCUUUCAGUAUUGAAAGAGAGGCCUGGCUUCACAGACAGGCGGCUUCAAUCAAUGAAGCUACCUUCACAUGGAGUGGACAGCUGCCCCCCAGACACUACCAAAAUCCCAUUUAUUCCUGCAAGGUCUUUUUGGGAGGUGUUCCCUGGGACAUCACUGAAGCUGGUUUGAUAAACACUUUUAAAUGCUAUGGCCCUCUGAGUGUUGAGUGGCCAGGUAAGGAUGGCAAGCACCCUCGCUGCCCUCCGAAAGGUAAUAUGCCCAAAGGUUAUGUGUACUUGGUGUUUGAAUCAGACAAGUCUGUGCGUGCCCUGCUUCAGGACUGCACUGAGGACCUGCUCCAUCCUGAGGGCUACAGCGAGUAUUACUUCAAAAUGUCUAGCAGAAGGAUGCGCUGCAAAGAUGCACAGGUGAUCCCUUGGGUGAUUUCAGACAGUAACUAUGUGAGUUGCCCCUCUCAGAGGCUGGACCCUAGGAACACUGUGUUUGUAGGAGCUCUGCAUGGCAUGCUCAAUGCUGAGGCCCUAGCAAGCAUCAUGAAUGAUCUUUUUGGAGGAGUUGUGUAUGCAGGCAUUGACACAGACAAGCACAAGUACCCUAUUGGAUCUGGACGUGUAACCUUUAACAACCAACGCAGUUAUCUGAAAGCUGUGAGUGCUGCAUUUGUUGAGAUCAAGACGCCCAAAUUUACAAAGAAGGUUCAGAUUGACCCAUACCUGGAGGAUGCCAUCUGUCAAGCAUGCAGUCGUGAGCCUGGGCCGUUCUUUUGCAGGGACAAGACCUGCUUCAAAUACUACUGUCGCUCCUGCUGGCAUAGGCAGCACUCCAUGGACAUCCUCAGUAACCACCGCCCUCUGAUGCGAAACCAGAAGAAGCGGGACGCCAACUGAAACGCGCAUGGCAGCACGAUGCCUUAUCCUGGAUGUCCAUUGCGCCUGCUGCCCUCGGGGCACUGCUCUAGAGUCAGCCCCCAUUCAAAAGGCCCUCCCAGGAGUUGGGGCAUGGGGAAACACUGUAGAAAGUUCACUGUUGCACUUUCUUUUUAGUUUGGCUUGUUCACUUUGGCACUGUACACAGUGAGAUGGGUUAGCUGGGGCCCGUGGAUGGGAAGACCCAGAGUUUUUGACCAAGUUGCGACUUCAGGCCAUGGUUGAAGGAUUUUUUUUUUUUUUUUUUUUUUUUUUUUUUUUCCCUUUAUAUAGGUUGCUAUUUUGUUUUGGUAAAAAUCAUUCUAAAGUCUCGUUUAAAAGACAGAAGCCAUACAGUGCCUUUAAUUGGUUUUUCCCUUUCCACGCUAGCUGCUUUUUUUUUUUUUCUUUUUUCUUUUUUCUUUUUUUGGCCAGUGUUUUUUACGUUUGAGAUGCAACCACAAAAGCCAGAUUUUCAUCAUGACAUUUUUCACAGUUUUAGUUUUCAUAAAUUUUUACAUGAAACAGUUUUAAGGUAUGGCAUGAAAAAGGUUGAAUAGCAAUCUACCUGGCGGCUUUUUAAUUUUUGCGCUUUUUUUUUUUUUUUUUUUUUUUUUUUUUUUUUUUUUUUUCUCCUCGUUUUUGGAGUAUUUUUGCCUUUAUCAGUGUUCUCUUUGGUAAAAGAGGUUUGCGCAUAACCCUGCAUAUCUAAUUGCCAAUCCAGAUUUAUUUCAGUGCGUGCCUCCACUAGGCAUUGCUUUUACUGCUCUUGAUCAGAUUUCAAACCAACUUAAUAUAUUAAUCCAGAAAUGAGAAUGGCCAUUGACUGCACGUAGUUUUAUUGCACUUUUUAAUUUGCACUUUGUAAAGGGGUAGGUUUUUAAUCACUUAUUGUACAUCAGCAGGUGUUGUGGGUAUGAGCCCAUAUGGCUGCUUGUAUUUAAAACCAUAGACUUCCCUUGAAUGUACCAAGAGCCUUAGCAGACUAAAUGCAAAUGUCACUUUAAUCAUCUUCUGCUGAAAGUCUGAAUGGAUAACAUUACUUUCAGAACUUCAAGACUGUCCUUUUUUUCUGACCAUAUGCAUUCCAUGCAGAGCUAUUUCCCAAGCUCCUGUGUCAUUCUACCUCGUUGUCUGCCAAGUUUGCUUAAAAGGGUGAAGUUUGAAUUUUUUGACUGGGCACAAUAAAGGUGUUUAAGCAUUA